CCAGCCACUACCAUCCUUAACCUGCUGGUACGCGCCUGUUGCUGCCAUAGCGCAUGGCCAUUUCAUGGAGCUCGUUCAUGCGGUCCUUGGCGUUGUAAUGGUACAACAGAGGAAGAGGCAUGUACUCGUACACGUGCGGCUGCAGACUCUCACGCAGAGUGGCCUCACUUAGAUACCUGACAUGCGCACAGACAAACGCGUCAUGUGUCUCGGAGACACUGCACGUUUGUGUAGGCUCAUGCACAUUACCAUGGAUAGACGCCUUCCAGCGGCACCAUCUUCAGAGAAGGAAUGUUCAUUCUACGGGCCAUCUGAGACACCGUAACGUCGUCUGUCAUGCGGCAAUCCUCGUUUGAAAGGUGCAUGAACUCCUGCCGAAAGCUGCGGUAGGUGGUCUUGUUAAAUCCCUCCACCAUGAGACGGACGAGAGAUGAGCUCAUGAUCCACCCGCCGCCACCGCACACGCCAUAGUCGCAGUUGCCCGUCCCACACGCGAAGAUGGCAAACAGCGUCGGGAUCGAGGGGUCGUGGUCGGCAAGGAACCGCUGCACGUUGUCGGGCAGCACAUAUGCGUCGUCAUCACAGAACAGCACCCAGCCGAAAUAGCCAUUGGUCUGGCUGAUGAGGUUGGCAGCCACUUCGAUGCUCCCGGCCGUCACACAAACUUGAGACGUGAAGCUGCUCACUUGUUCUGCAGUGUUGUUCACACGAGGAAUUCUCGCGAACAGGUCAGAAACUGUUGACAUAUAGGCAGCAAGCCAACAAGCCAUGGUUGCGAGCGGGCGGCGCAGAAGAGAAGGCGCCUUUCCUUCUACUCACUUGUGGUGCACUCCUCUAUCACGAUCAUGUCAUCAUGCCCGUCACCGUGGCCCUGUCCGACGAAUAGAAUCAGCUGGUCGGUCCUGUUGUGGGCGACUGCCGCAUAGGUGGACCGAAUGAGGGGCACGCGAGUGCUAUAGAAUCGUGGCGCCGUACGGUGGAGUAUCAACACAGGCGGAUAGGACGAAUGACCUGACGAGUCUCCUUGCGCGUCUGAGUUGGAUGGAGCGGCCAUCUGAUGUGCGAGGCCCUCGUGUUUGUCACCUUGGUGCGGCAAUAGAUUGGCCCUGCAAUGGCAACGACAACUUCAGACCCACGUCUGCGUGCCCGUUUCACCUUUUCUUCUGUUCUGUGAUUUGGGACUGCUCGUAAAGGACCGCAAGUAAGCCCAAAAUGUCCCAAUCUGCCAAGCAUGUCAAGCAUGCAUUCGUAUGACGUGUCUCAUCCACAUACAUUCGUAUUACACGUGUACCCGUCAGGAGCAGGUCUCUCAGCCGCAGCCGCCCUAUGAAAGCUAUCAGCUCGUCAUCGGGUGUAAAACCGUCUGCACGUUGGAUCAAUAGUGCAGUCACAAAGGCCGAAGGGCAGCGCUCAAGAUAGCCAGCGCCAUCUGAUACCAGAAGAUAGCUCCAUUUUCCUUACACACAGAAGAGGGCCUGCACUCACUCACCCUCUGUGACAGCCAAGGAGGCAUUGAGGGCCCUCACAUACGUAACAGGGGCCCACGCACUCAUCGUUGCUGAAGUUCGGUCCUCCUCCUUCGCCUUUUGGAGAUCGACAAGCAGUUCAGAAACUGCGCGAUGUAAGGAUGCAAUCACUGCACUGGCCGACAAACAAUCGUCGACGUGCAACCCGAGGUCAGCAUUUCGCACACGUGUGCGAAGCGCACAAAGCAUCCUGCAAAAAGACAAGAAAUAUUUGAGCUGUGUUUUGCUGCUUAAAGACCUGAAGAUGGGCCACGAUGUCCUAUCAGGUGAGACAGACAACAGCCAGCCAGCCAGCCAAAGAAUGGCGCGAUGGUGCAUGCCUAUCACCUGAAGAGCCCUAUAACGCCUACUUCCUGGAACAGUGACCUGAAGACCCCCUUAUCGCCUACUUCCUGGAACAGCGCAUCCAACUCCGCAGAUAAAAGAAGCAUGCCAUAAAGAGCGCCCCGAUGUGCUUGGGCCAGGACGUACAUACAAAGAAGGGCAGCGAGUUUCCUCUCUCUUGUCUGUCUGUUCGAGUUUUUCUCUGGACUUCGCGACCGCAGUAUCUGUGUGCUUUCCCUCAUGGCAUUUCCCAGCGCCAUCUUUCUGUAUAUGUCACCGUCCAAAGUGGUGUUGUGUUUUUCAUGUUCGUAAGUGCAGAGAAAGAAUGUGCGAGGAAAGAUGGUGUGAAGGCUUGAAAGGAAUCGGCUUGAGACGAGAGAAGAGCAGCCUGAUCCGACGACGAGAAAAGUAAACGCUGUCCCCAUCCCCGAAGAAAAGAAAAAACCUUCUCUCUUUGUUUUC